AAAAAUUACGAUGCUAACUUCAGUUAGCUAGAGACUAUAUGGAGAUUCGAUUGAGAUAGAGAUUUAUAAUGUGACUUUUAUUUGUACAUCUUUGAGUUUGUAUGUUGGCGAAUGAAAGGACCGCCCAUCAGCCGUAGAAACACAACUUUUAAUGAGAAGCAUUCCAAGUUACCAUGAUGCAAACAAUAGAAGAUGUAAGAAGGCUGACCAUGAGUGACAUGAAUGGGCGUCCUCUGGGUCGUACGGACACCCACUACCGGUCCGUCGUCCGCAACCACUCCAUACCCAUGAGCAGAAGUCUUCCUGUGAACCCGCCAAGGUUUGAAAAGCCCCGUGAUGAUUUAUGGCGCAGCUCACAGAGCCUUACAGGCCGAGCCUCGAUCAUGACAUACAACCACAAGCAAUAUCCGUCAGCCUCGGCUGCGCUGUCAGAUUAUAUUUCAGACUAUGAAAGCCAAAAUUCUUCUCAAGAUUCACAAUCACAGCCUUCGUACAGAAGAACUGUGAGUGAUCUGCUUCUUCCUAAGUCAUCACUCCAGAAAACAGUACAAAGAAGCCUAGAAACAGGAGAUCAAGACACCAAAGAUGAAUUUCAUCGCUUCAACAUCCGCAAGCUAAUUGAUGACUCAUAUGAGCAGAUUCUAAGGGCAGAUUUGGAGCAAGGAAAAGCCUCUACAAUAGUUGCCACUGCCAAGCAUCUUGGAUCAGAAAGUUCUUUGACCAUAGGAGAAUCAACGCCUAAUGGGAAAGAGUUUUCAGACACCAUAAGUGAAAUUAGUUCAUCCACCGAUGCUCUUCUGUUAGCCAACCCAUACAUGGUGAAGUUCAGUCAACGUGGAAGGACAUCAGAUCAAGGUGCUGCCUCAUCAUUACGUAGGUCAAGGAGCAUAGAUUCAGCAAGGCUUUCUGCCUCAUCCAGCUAUGCUAGGCAGAGACACAUAAAGAGCUUGGGAAGAUUGAAUGAGACUAGGCAACAGACAAAGUCAAGUUCAAGCCAGUUAAGUGGUCAAAGACCUCAAGUUUCUUUAGACAGCAGCAAUGUCUUGAGGAUGUCUCACGGGGUUCCAUCACCAAAGCACUCUGUGUAUGAUAAAAGACAGGAAACGAGGAGAACCGUUUCUUCCAGGAGCGAUGGAAGACCCAUUCCUGCAUGGGUCUCUGACCUGGACAGCUCUGCAAUGAGCAAGAAGAGGCUAGACACCCUGUACACAGACACUCUGUUGAGUGCAGAUAGUAGUGGUACAAUACACCUAGACUCCAUGAAACAAAGUCAGAUGAAUGGAACAUCCACGUCGUUACCUCGCAGUGAUCUAAUGAUGCACACUUUGUCUUCACAGGGUCAUUUAGAGGACCGAGCAAUGUCAGUCAUGUCAGCAGCAAGACCUCCACCCUCUUGGGUUGAAGAGUUGGAUACCACUGUUGAUAGCCUGUCAGGAUCCCUAAGAAUGCUUGGCAAGAAAAUGGAAGGCCGUUAUACAAGAGAUCAUAGAGUUAACCAUCGGGUUGUCAUCAACAAUAGUCAUAAGAAUGGAUUGUCUGGGGAAGUGUCUCGGCCAGCAAGUCUACAGUCAGAUUUAAAGCAGCAUAAGGUUACAUCUAAACAUACUGCAUCAGAAAUGAGAUAUUCUAAAGGUGGGAAUAUGGAUAGAAACAUAAUCAAAGACAGGACUUCUUCUGAUGUAGCUUUUACCAAAGAGAGGACGAUAAAUCAGAGACUCCACAGGACACAAAGUGCCAGUACCAAUGACCUGAUCAAAGAGUCACCUCAUUGCGAUACAACUAAUGCUCCUUCCUCCCACGCUAUCAAUCACCGUCUCCACCUGCUGAGACAGAGUAAAGGUAAACCACAAGCCAGCCACAAGGACAAGUCUUCCAGAACUUCAACACUAAGAUCAUCCACCCACACCAACUUGCCUUUCGCACGGUCACCUCGACAGGGCCACCUUCCACCACCAUCAUAUUUUGUCAGCGAAUCAGACCCACAACAGUCCACCAAGAAUACGCAACUAGACAUCAGUACUACCACAGAUAGCCUUAUUUAUUCAUCUCCUUUUGGCCUUGAUCGGGACAUGCCCUUUCCUGACCUGUCAGUACUGCCGCCAGCCUAUGGUGAAUCACAUAAACUGUCUCCUGUCCAAAGUAAGGGCCUUGAUAGAACAUUGAAAGAGGAGGAACUUGCUUCAUCUUUGAGCUCUCUUUCAUCUAUAACAUUAGAUACAGAUAGUCUAAUGAAUGAGAAGGCAUCAAGGACCCCCCUCAUAGCAGAUCAUGUCAGCGAAUCAACAGUUGGAGAUACGGCUAGAACGAAUGCCAUGCUCCGUCGAGCUAACCGCAUCGUGGAGAAUACCCAGGCUAGCCUCAACGACUCCAGUCUCUUGGAGGAGCAGGCUCAUACAGCGAGGAGCUCGGAUACAGAGGAACUCCUGGCAGGAGACCAAGAAUUAAUGAGCAGAGUGCAAACACGCUUAAAAGCAGAGGGAGGUGCCUUCAGAGAUCCUACAACCCAGGAAAUGCUUGAUCAUUUUCUAGAAGAUUGUAUUCUAUCGGGAAAGGAGAGUCCUGAUAUUUCUGAGGAACGUAUUUCUGAAGGCCCGCUUGAGUCACUGAAAAAUAUGCUGUUCAAGCUGCAGGACAUGGCAUCACUGCAUGAUGUAGAAUCAGGAGGAGAAACAAAAUUACACCAGCAUAGGGAACCUUCAUCAGAAAGAAGCAAGAAGCUACAUGAUAUAACAAGGCAUUCAGCAACUCCCAGUGGGGGAACUAGACAUCUUGCCUCAUCAAAGAAACAACCAACUCCGUCAACAAUGCCAUCAUCAUCAUCACCAUCAGUACUCCGUGGAGCUAGAGAAAAGGAUACAACAUUCUCAUCAACAUCAUCUCAGAACCGGAUCAAGAAUGUCUCCUUCCAAAGUCAGAAGAAGUUUGAAGAGGAGCCAGGGGGACAAUCUCUACAAAGGGCAAUGAAACAUCUGAGCAGACUGAAAACUCUGGUUGCUGUGGAGACAGCAUCUCCGAUGGCGUCGUCGGUAGGAGGGGUAUCUUCUCUAUGAACCUGGAUAAUGAGGACUCUUCUCCCCAGAGGCUGUGAUCGUGCAUCUAUAGAGAAUAUUAGUAAUUGUAUCUCUGUGUAGUAUCAGAGUGACAUUGCUGUGCACUUGCACAAAGAAGCCAUAGAACCCUCAUUAUUUUGUAUAAAAAGGCUGAAAUAUUCACAUCAUUGUAUGUAUAUGCCAUAAUUUGAAACUGAAUCUCAAGCCUAAGAAUUAUGUUUAAGUAAUCUUGAAUUAGCUGGCAAAUACACAUCAGACCAUCCAUUUCCACAAAGCAAAGUGAGCCCCUAUUGUUUAAAAGAAUUACUUUCUCAACAAAGUAAUUGGUAGUUUAUAUAACGAUAGGCAUUUUGGGUUAUUUUUUCUUUCUUUGUAAGCACAAAUUCAAAUAUCCUGUCUUGCAGAAACCAUUAUAGUCUCAUUUUGAUCAGUUUGCCUUACAAAAUGAAGUAGACUUUGAGCUGAAACGAAAUGGAAUCUCAGGCCAUGAUUACCCCCCCCCCCCACCACAGAGACUAUAGAAGACUCCCAUAUUAUUAUAAUAUUCUUCAGAGAGUGGAUGCCUUUCUUGCUAUGAUUGUAUAAUGUUUGCUAUUCCUGUAAAAGACCAGUACUAUUGUGUUUUAGGAGGCAUGCUUGUACAUUCCAAAGUUUGUUUUAAUGUGUUUGCAAUUUGUAUUAUUGAAAAAAUUCAAUUCAGAAAAUAUGCCCUCUGAAUCUGUAGCCGUAAGUGUGAAUGCACUACACCAAACUGCCCACUGUUCUUUGAUCUGAUACAUGUUUUCCCCAUAUAGCAUUAAACACAAAAUAUGAUAGUCAUAUAUUUAUAUGUUCUUAUACCCCAAUGUCCAAACUAUCUUUUCUUUACAAAGCACCUCAUUUUCCAACACAUUUGCCACAUUGUGUAUGUUGUCCACAAUGACUCGAGAAGAAACGCACAAUCAAUGAUAUUCUGGUUCUUCUCUUUAAUUCUUUCUUGGGCUGAAGUUCGGAUAUCUCUUGAGGCUGUCACGUUCAAUUGGAAACUUGUCAUGACACAAAGGGCUUCCGAUACUCACCAAUUAAUUUCAGAGUUAUAUAUCUAGCCUCUUAUUGCAUAUUUGGCAUUCCAUAAAUUUUGCUCAUAUACAGAGCACCUAAUGAGCUGUUCACACUUUGCAUUACAGGCAUUGCACACAUUGAAAGGGGCUUCCCUUUGAAGCGACUUUUCUUGUUCUUGUUUGUAAAGCGUGUUUUAUUUUUGAAUCACUGGAAUUUUGUGUCUUUACAAGAUACAAUAUCAUUAGUGGUAGUGUGUGUGCUUA